UAAAAUAACAAAAAUAGAAUAAAAUUAAAUUAAAAUAAAAAAAUGUCAGUAAGAAUACCGCCAUCCCACCACCACCACCUCUUUAUCAGCAACACCCAAUCCUCCUUUUUCAACACUAAAUCAAGAAAACCACAAUCAUUUGUUAAAUUUUCCGUCCAAAAUCGCUCUUCUGACGCCAAUACUUCUCUCAACAACUCACGCAAGCUAGUAUUAAAGGUGAAAGAGAAGCUUGAGAAAGAUCAUUCCAGUCUCCCUACAGGGAAAAAUGGAAGAGAUGACGAGGAGCUCAUUCUUUGGUUUUUAAAGGACCGUCGUUUUGAAGUAGACGAGGCUAUCUCUAAACUGACCAAAGCAAUUAAAUGGCGACAAGAUUUUCGUGUGUCAGAACUGACAGAAGAAUCAGUAAGAAGAGUAGCUGCAACUGGAAAGUCAUAUGUUCAUGAUUCACUUGAUAUCCAAGGCAGGCCAGUACUAAUAGUAGUGCCAUCAAAACAUACUCCAGAGAUGUUUGAUCGGUCUGAGGACGAGAGGUUAUGUGUGUUUUUGCUAGAGAAGGCAUUAGCUAAACUUCCGGAUGGUAAAGAUGAGAUACUUGGAAUAUUUGAUCUUCGUGGGUUUGGUUUGAAGAAUUCGGAUCUUAAGUUCUUAACAUUUUUGUUUGAUGUGUUGUAUUACUAUUACCCAAGGCGGCUGGGGCAAGUUCUAUUUGUUGAUGCUCCUUUUGUAUUUCAACCAAUUUGGCAGCUUGCCAAGCCCAUAGUAAAGUCAUAUGCUUCUCUGGUAAGGUUCUGCUCGGCGGAUGAUGUGAGAAAGGAGUAUUUUACAGAAUCGUCACUUCCAGAAAGCUUUAGGCAUUGACAGUAUACACCUUUCGAUGUUUAGAAAGAUCGUUGCAAGGUGCCAUUUUUGGUAAUAACUUUAAAAGAACACCAUUGUAUUUUAUAGAGGAGGCAACAUUUUUUAUAUGUUGUAUAUAUACAAUGUAAAUGUUUAGUAUUAGAUUAUAUAUACAUUUGGUUGGCAAUAAGCAACUACCAGAGCCUGUGUUGCAUUUCUUUGUUUCAAGCUUGCAACUCUUUAAUUUAA